CUCUUUUCUCGCUGCUCCUUCGACAGAGCUUCAUUCGCCGCAUCUUUCUCUGUCUCUCGCUGGUUCCGUGGGAGGAUUGGUGUUUUCACCUAGUAACAACCAUGUCCACCUCAUAUAUCCCAGCGACGACAGACUCAAUUGCUCAGGCCAUGGAAGCUAAGGACCCAUCCCAGGCCAUCUCCAUUCUUUACGGCAUACUUGACAAUCCUUCUUCUUCUUCUGAGGCUCUACGAAUUAAAGAACAGGCCAUCACAAACCUGUCUGACCUUCUGCGACAGGAGAAUAGAGCAGAGGAUCUUCGAAGCCUUCUGACUCAGCUGAGGCCUUACUUUUCUGUGAUUCCCAAGGCUAAAACUGCCAAGAUUGUUAGGGGAAUCAUAGAUUCUGUUGCCAAGAUACCUGGUACGUCUGAUCUCCAAAUCUCACUCUGCAGAGAAAUGGUGCAAUGGACGCGUGCAGAAAAGCGUACAUUCCUGAGGCAGAGAGUUGAGGCAAGGCUUGCUGCUUUAUUGAUGGAAAACAAGGAAUAUUCAGAAGCUUUGACCACUCUUUCAAGCUUAGUCAAGGAGGUGAGGAGGUUAGAUGACAAGCUUCUUCUUGUUGAUAUAGACUUGUUGGAAAGUAAGCUGCAUUUUUCUUUGAGGAACCUUCCCAAGGCAAAAGCUGCCCUCACAGCAGCGAGGACGGCUGCAAAUGCUAUAUAUGUGCCUCCAGCUCAACAAGGUACCAUAGAUUUGCAAAGUGGUAUUCUCCAUGCAGAAGAGAAGGAUUACAAAACGGCUUACAGCUAUUUCUUUGAAGCAUUUGAGGCUUUCAAUGCCCUUGAAGACCCUAGGGCAGUUUUCAGCCUGAAAUACAUGUUAUUAUGCAAGAUCAUGGUGAGCCAAGCUGACGAUGUGGCUGGAAUAAUUUCUUCCAAAGCAGGCCUGCAGUAUCUUGGGCCAGAACUAGAUGCUAUGAAAGCUGUUGCUGAUGCUCAUUCAAAGCGAUCUUUGAAAUUAUUUGAGACUGCUCUGCAGGAUUUUAAGACUCAGUUAGAUGAAGACCCAAUCGUGCACAGGCACUUAUCUUCUCUGUACGAUACACUUCUGGAACAAAACCUGUGCAGGUUGAUUGAGCCUUUUUCAAGGGUUGAGAUUCUACAUAUUGCUGAGCUGAUUGAACUGCCUUUUGAUCAUGUGGAGAAGAAGUUAUCUCAAAUGAUUCUGGACAAGAAGUUUGCUGGAACUUUGGAUCAGGGUGCUGGAUGCCUCAUAAUUUUUGAUGAUCCGAAGCCAGACGCAAUCUACCCAGCAACUCUGGAGACCAUCACCAACAUUGGUAAGGUUGUGGACAGCCUCUAUGUCAGGUCGGCCAAGAUAAUGGCCUGAGAUCUUUCUAGGAUUUCUUUUUAUUUCCUGCUACUCUUUUGUAUGCUCAUUUUCUGCUUUUUGUAUUUUUAUGUUUUUAUACUCUUAUUUUGCAAUUUGCUUCGAGUUUCUUUCUGCUUUCAAAGUGUUACUGAUUUACUCGUAACGGUGCUCAUGUUACUAGUAGAAAACUAACUAAAAUGAAUCAUGGAAUGACAUCCAAAUUCUUUUA